AUGCCAUUGGAAGUAGGAAAGGCCCUGGUCCAUGUGCCACCAGUGUCAAAGGCAGAGGACCCCCCACUCCCUGGAGCAGCUACUACCCCUCCAGGGGAACUCUCCAGCCCUGAAGCUGUCCGGCAGCUUUUUAGACACUUUCAGUACCAGGUGCUCUCUGGGCCCCAGGAGACCCUGAGGCAACUUCAGAAGCUCUGUUUCCAGUGGCUGCAGCCAGAGGUUCACAGCAAAGAGCAGAUUCUGGAGCUCCUCAUGUUGGAGCAAUUACUGACCAUCCUGCCCGGGGAGAUCCAGACAUGGGUGCACACACAGUGUCCACGCACUGGAGAAGAGGCUGUGACAAUAGUGGAGAGCUUGAAGGGCAAACCCCAAAGACUGUGGCAGUGGAUCAGCAGCCACGUUCUGGGACAGGAAAGCUUACCUGAGGAGGUGGAAUCUGAAAGCUGCCAAGUACCAGAGGCAGAGACCAGUUUUAAAGUGGUUCCUCAGGAGCUGGGACUUGAAAAUUCAGCCUCACGGCCAAAGGAGCAACUGAGCCACAUCAUUAAAGAGGAAGCUGACACUAAGCAGGAAUUAGUGAUGACUGCACCCCAGAUUCUUGCCCAAAGAGAGGAAAGACUGAGCGACCAGGACUCAGGAGGCUCACUACUACAAGCAUCAUCUCAGGAGCAAUGGAGACACCUGGAUUCUACUCAGAAGGAGCACUACUGGAACCUCAUGCUGGAGAACUAUGGGAAAAUGGUCUCAGGAGGUGAGGGCGUGGCUUACCCAGUGGAAGGAGGCAGACAGGGCAUUUCCAGUCCCAAACCUGACCCAGCUAAAUCAGCAGAGUAUAGAGAAGAGCUGGAAGGACACUCCCUUGAUGCUACUGAGAAGAACCCAGCACCCACCUGCAAUGGAGACAGACAAGAAAAUGGCAAAGAAAAUCUCAAGUUGGAAACCAACUGGGACCAGGAACCUUCACAUGCCCCUUGUCACAUCUCAGGAGAGGCCCUUUCUCAAAGUUCUUUGAUUGACUUCUUUGGUGAGAAUGAACAAGGAUGGAUUAGAGAAGGAGAUUCUCUCCCUAAGGCACAGGGACACCUCCAAGAUGAGGAGAGACAAGAGCCUCUCUCUCCUCAGGAAAAUAUUUCUGGGAAACAGUUCUACCAGUAUUUGCAUGAUUCUCACCCAGGAGAUCUGUCUAGGCCAUUACUGAAGCAGAAACACAAGGCCUCCCAGAAGAACCAGCUGAGACCUCGUAUGACCCAGAAGCUCCUCACCUGCAGAGAGUGUGGGAAAACCUUUUCUAGAAAUUCUGAGUUUGUGUCUCACCAGAGAACCCAUACUGCAAAGACGUAUUUUCAGUGCCCCACUUGCAAGAAAGUCUUUCAACAGAGUUCAGAGUUUUUGAAGCAUCAGAGAAUUCACAAAAGAGAAAAGGCUUGCAAGUGUGAUCACUGUGGGAAAGGCUUCAGGGACUUUUCUGGAUUACGCCUCCACAAGCGGGUCCACACAGGAGAGAAACCCUAUAAAUGUCCUCUCUGUGAAAAAAGUUUCACUCAGAUGGCCCACUUUAAUGUACACCAUCGGGUCCACACAGGAGAGAAGCCCUAUAAAUGUCCUGUCUGUGAAAAGAGGUUUGGUGAUAGUUCCUCCUUAAAAAGACACCAUCGGGUCCACACAGGAGAGAAGCCUUAUAAAUGUCCUUUCUGUGAAAAGAAUUUUCGCCGUAGAUGUGCCUUAUAUAUACAUAAGCGGAUUCACACAGGAGAAAAACCCUAUAAAUGUCCUCUCUGUGAAAAGAUGUUCAGCGACAGAUCCUCCUUAAAUAGACACCAGCGAAUUCACACAGGGCAUGGUCAAGUACCUCUCUUUGGAGCCAUGUUUAAGGUCAUGCAUGACAUUGUAUUUUUUCCAGGAGCAGUGGAGGCACCAGCAUUCUACUCAGACAGAGCACUACUGGAACUUCAAGCUGGAGACUUAGCUGAAAAUGGUCUCAGAAGAUGA